UUGUUGAUGUAUUGUUGACCCGGCAAGCAGAGGAACCCGAAUAUUACAAAGAUGAAAUUAUCAGAGGCCUCAUGGGGGUUAUCUUAGCAGCAGGAACAGACACAUCGGUUGCAACAAUGGAGUGGACACUCUCACUACUUCUAAACCACCAAGAAGUCCUAAAGAAGGCACAAAAAGAAAUCGAUGACAAGGUGGGAUAUGAGAGACUAGUUGAAGAAUCGGAUAUGGUUGAACUCCCUUAUUUGAAUUGCAUAAUGAAGGAAGCAAUGAGAAUGUACCCUGCUGGCCCUCUGGCAGUCGCACACGAGUCCUCAGAGGAGUGCACUGUUGCAGGCUAUCGUAUCCCAAAAGGAACAAUGCUAUUGCUCAACUUGUAUUCCAUCCAGAGAGACCCCAAGUAUUGGGUUGAGCCGGAAAAGUUCAAUCCAGAAAGAUUCAAAGGCUUAGAAGCGGUUAGUAGUGCUAAAGAACAUGGGUAUAAAUGGAUGCCUUUUGGAUAUGGUAGGAGAGGCUGCCCGGGAGAAACACUGGCAUGGCACGUUGUUGGGUUGUCAUUAGCAUCGGUUAUCCAAUGCUUUGAUUGGGAAAGACUUGGAAGUGAAUUGAUUGAUAUGAGUGAAGGAACUGGUUUGACUAUGCCCAAAGCAACGCCUUUGAUGGCUAGAUGCAAGACGAGGUCUUUUGUCACCAACCUUCUUUCGACCUAUUCAAUAUAAGUUUCUUAUGUUUUUCUUUGUGUAAACAUGAUUUUCAUUUGAUAUUAUUAUCAUGUACUAUUGUUGAAUCGCACAUCAUCAUAUCAGAUUGGAGUCUGGUGUAGUUACCCCACUAUGGUGUAAUUAUUUGCUUGAACAGAUGAAAUCAAAUUAAUAAUUUUAUUUUUGUGAUAAAAGCCAAUCAAAUAUAGAUCAUGUAACAUUUGAU